AUGAGGGUCAGCCUGGCUACCCUGGCCUUCCUCCUCACUCUUGCCGUCCUGCACUCGGAGGCUAAUGAAGAAACAACUGAUAACCUGCAUGCCUGCUGUUUUGCCUUCACAACAAGGACAAUCCCACGCGCUCAUGUGGAAAAUUAUCAAAGGACCAGUGACAUGUGCCCCCAGCCAGGGGUCAUCUUCCAGACCAGAGGUGGGCGAUCGAUCUGUGCCAACCCAGGCCAGGCCUGGGUGCAGAGGUACAUCAUAUACCUGAACCAAAAGUCCAAGGGAGCUGGGAGCAGUGGGACCUUCACAGUCAAGGGAUCAUGA